UUUUAAAGAUAUUCAUUAUAUCAAAUUUCAAAACAAACGUAGGUUUACAGGCGAUCAGAAAUUGUUUUGGUCAUCGAAAACAAUUACCCUGGCUUCAAAUUCUCAUGACAAUAAUUUGCGCCUGACUCUGCUAAAAACUAACAUGCACUAAUUUUGUUGCAUCAGCUCGUAUCUUUGUCAAAAAAUCGUUUGAAAAAAUCGAUCAUAAAAAAAAUCAAAGAGUUUGCUUCUUUAAUUGACAUUUCUACUCCGUGAAAAUUUUGGUUUAGUUUGUACUAGUUAUAUGCAAUCCUAGUUAUAACUUAUGAUAAUGAUAACUCCCGACUACUGGUACUGUGACGACCUGCAGAAUGCGUCAUUCAUGGAGAGAGUGGAGCAGUGGGAUGAGAUUCUGGAGAUGAAGUACCACAUUCAGAUCCCCAUCAUGGACGAACACACCUGCAACACACUCAAUGUACUCCUGUACCUAGUCAUCAUCUCGGGCGCAUUCGGGACACUGGUCAACUUCAUCAUCUGUUGCGCGUAUGCUCUCAAGUACCUCAAAGACUCCUCCAUGUUCAGCCAGAGUGAUGUGCUCAUUUCCAGCAUGGGCGUGUUGGACUUUGUCAGUGCCAUGAUGCUUAUGGUGGGCACAUCUCUCUUUGCCAAUCAACCCACCAACGUGCACAAUUCAUUAGUGGAAGUGAGCUGCACUUUCAUCUACGCAGGCUACACUCUUGGCAGUCGGACUACAUACUUGAUGAUGUUGCUGAUAGCUGUGACUAGAUACGUGGCCUUAUGCAGACCCCAAGACUACUACACGUGGUUCUCAAGGCCCAAAUUGAACUUCUACUUGGCCCUUCUGCUUGCUGUGUCGUUAGGCCAAAUGAGCGUGCAGCAGUUGGUCUCAUGCCACUUACCAAUGAGUUGGUUCAAUCUCUUAGGAGGAGACAGUUUGGCAGAGAAGGUGGAGAGGUCGCACGCCCACUAUAACAUGUUCAAGCAACUGUGGCAAAUAAACGCGUUUGAGAAAUUCGGACUUGUUAUUUUGACCCUCUCAAUUAUCACCACUCUGUACAUAAAAAUAAUCAACCACAUAAACUUUGUCACUCCAACCCAGCUUGCUAAUUCAGACGACGCAGCCCAAAUGCGAUCAAUCAGAAGAACAUUUAUUAUCUACCUUGUUUACCUGUACCUCAUCAUGUUUCCCCAAACUGGAAUGGAACUAUUCUUCACUUACGAGUUCCUCACACAACAUGACACUGCAUAA